GCUGUGACAAGCCGCAACCAGAACGGAACCCUUGUUUAUUUCAACGCGGAAGUAGUGACCUUUUAAAUCUUUUUUGUGGGGUGCCGGGGGUUAGGUCUUCUUGAAAAUAAUGCAAUGCAAAAGAAUAAAAGGGAGGGCAAUAAAAUAAGACGCCUUAUGCCGAGGGAAAGGUUGCGCGGCUUCUCGAGGCUGGAGAUACGGCGAACAGCGCAAGGCUUUCAUUAAACCAGCCCCGGGACUCAAUGGCCAGCCCGGUGCAUGGAUGCACAAGUCGGGAUUUUUUGCAAUGGAGCCAGCAGCGAUGAAUUGCAGUGGGUCCCCAGCUGCAGAGGCGACCUCAUGCAAUGGGGACCCACAGAGGCAAGCCCCCGGCUUCUGGACGGCGGUGUUCGACUACGAGUCGACGGCGGAUGAGGAGCUGACCCUGCGCCGGGGUGACCUGGUCGAGCUGCUGUCCCAGGACUCCACCGUGUCCGGGGACGAGGGCUGGUGGACGGGCAAGAUCAAGGACAAGGUGGGCAUCUUCCCCAGUAACUACGUGAGUAACCGGGCGCAGCUCGGCCGGGACCUUCCCUCUCCGCCGGUCAUUGACUUCGACGAGUUGCUCCUGGAGGAGAUCAUCGGCGUCGGGGGCUUCGGCAAGGUGUACAAGGGGCUGUGGAGGAACGACGAGGUGGCGGUGAAAGCGGCCAGGCAAGACCCGGACGAGGACAUCAGCGUGACGGCGGACAAUGUCCGUAAGGAGGCUCGGCUGUUCGGCAUGCUGAGGCAUCCCAACGUCAUCCUGCUGAAGGGAGUGUGUCUGAAGGAACCCAACCUGUGCCUGGUGAUGGAGUAUGCCCGCGGUGGAGCCUUAAACCGAGCUCUGGCCGGUAGGAAGGUGCCCCCUCAUGUCCUGGUCAACUGGGCGGUGCAGAUCGCAAGAGGCAUGAACUACCUCCAUAACGAAGCCUUGGUCCCGGUGAUACACCGGGACCUGAAAUCCAGCAACAUUCUGAUCCUCGAGAAGACAGAAGAUGAUGACCUCACCAACAAAACCCUGAAGAUCACGGACUUCGGGCUGGCACGUGAGUGGCACCGGACGACCAAGAUGAGUGCGGCUGGCACCUACGCGUGGAUGGCACCCGAGGUCAUCAAGCUGUCCCUGUUUUCCAAGAGCAGUGACGUGUGGAGUUUUGGAGUGCUGUUGUGGGAGCUGCUGACGGGAGAGGUGCCGUACCGGGAGAUCGACGGGCUGGCCGUCGCCUACGGAGUGGCCGUGAACAAACUGACCCUUCCCAUCCCUUCCACCUGUCCCGAACCCUUCGGCAAACUCAUGGAAGACUGCUGGAAUUCCGACGCACACAGCAGACCGCCCUUCAGGGACAUCGUCUCUCAGCUGGUGGCCAUCGAGCAGUCGACCCUCUUCGAGAUGCCGUUGAACUCGUUUCACUCGCUGCAGGAGGACUGGAAGCUGGAGAUCCAGCAGAUGUUCGACGAGCUGCGGACGAAGGAGAAGGAGCUGCGGAGCUGGGAGGAGGAGCUGUGCCGGGCGGCGGUUCAGCAGAGGAACCACGAGGAGCUGCUUCGCCGCCGGGAGCAGGAGCUGGCCGAGCGGGAGAUCGACAUCGUCGAGCGAGAGCUGAACAUUAUCAUGCGGCAGCUGUACCAGGAGAAGCCCCGCGUCAAAAAGCGCAAAGGCAACUUCAAGAGGAGCCGCUUGAAACUGCGGGACGGGAACCGCAUCAGCUUACCGUCAGGGUUUGAGCACAAGAUCACGGUGCAGGCCUCUCCCACGGUGGACAAGAGGAAGGGGCAGGGGCAGGGACAGGGGCUCAGUGGUCUGAGUCCUCCUGGCAGCCCCCUCAUCAUCCCCAGACUCCGCGCCAUUCGCCUGACUCCGGGCGAGGGCUGCCAGACCUGGGGCCGGACUGCGGUGUACAAGCACGAGGAGCUCGAGGGCCACAAAAAGAAGGGGAGAACGUGGGGGCCCAGCUCAACUCAGCCAAAGGAGCGGCUUGGCGGUGAGGAGAGGUUGAAGUCUCUGGGAGAUGGCAGCAAGUUCUGGUCAUCCAGUGCCCCAAGUUUGGGGAAAAGCCCCCGGCACCUUCCCAUUACAAUGGGAUUCGCGAGUCUCACCGAGAUGGAGGGCCUGACUCCCAGCACAGGAGGAUCCCAGCGCCCACUCCAGUCUCCAGGCCUCCAGGACAGCGAGGGGAGCACGGCAGAGGAGUGCCCGACCCUACUGCCAGGGUUGGGGGACAGCCCGAGCCGGGGCGCCCAUCGGCGGAGGAGGGAUCUGGCGCUCCUGGGCUGCGCCAGCAUCCUGAGCUCGGUGGGGCUAGGCCUCGACCUGCUGGAGCUGGGCCGGCAGCAGUCCGCACAGGAGGAACAGGAGGCCCGGGAGGAACGACGCAGGCCCGAGGGCCUCUUCCAGUGGGGAGGCCGCAGCCGCUGCUCGAGCAGUCCCAGCCGCCGGCCCUCGGCCUUGCCUUCUCUGGAGGUCUCCUCCUCCGUCACCCUCCUCUCCCUCUCCUCCUUCUCCGACUGUAACUCCACUCGCUCCCUGCUGCGCUCCGACAGCGAGGAGGGCGGUGGAGGGGGCCAGGAGGAGGGGUCGCAGAGUACCACUGCCCCCCGUGGCAACCCGCUGGUGGACCUGGCUGCCGAGAGCUUCAAAAAGGAGCCUGGGCUGUCCCUCACCCCCACCCAUGUCAGCGCUGCCUCCGCCGUCAGCCACCGGCACAGGAGGAUCCCGUCGGACGGCGCGAUCCGUCAGCCCCCGGCACCGGGGCGGGCGCACAGGAGGACUCCAUCAGAUGGCAGUUCACAGGACCUGACAGGAGCAGGCUCUCUGAAGGAUCCCUCGGAGAUCCCUCGACUCCCGGACCCUGCCUCCUUCCUAUCCCCCAUCCUGCGGCAGAAGGCCUCGGACAAGAACGCGGCGCUGGAGAGGCCAAAGACACUGGAGUUUGCACCCAGACCCAGGCCUUCGGCGGGGAGGCCCCGGAUCGACCCCUGGCGUUUCGUCUCCCUCAGCCGGACCCUCAGCUCUUCACCAGCCAGCAGCACCGAGACACCCAGCAACACCGACUCUGGCGGCAGCGCAACUGACGAGAGACUCUGUCCCUCCGGUCUAUCCGGCUCGGACACGGGACGCAGCCUGCUGGACACGGACAUGGAAGGGCAGACAGCGGACGGGACGCUGCCUCUCUGCCGAGCUGAUCUGGCUCCCCACAAGGAGUCUAUCUACAGCGUGGAGGAGGGUCAUAUGCGUUGAGACCACCAGGCCCCAAACACGUUGCCCCUGGCAACCAGCUACUUAAUUUGUGGCACCUUGGCAUGUUGCUGGGAUUGGUGUUUUGAUUGGGCGGCUUACGCCACUGACAGGAUUUGGCAUUCUGAUUGGGUGGCUCAUACCACUGACAAGAUCUAGUGUUCUGAUUGGGUGGCUCAAAUCCUUGACCAUAAAUUGGCAGGAUCCUCUGUUCUGAUUGGGCAGCACAAAGUUUUGAACCGUCCAUUCUGGGUGCAAGAUUGAACAUCCAGCCACCUGAUUGGAUCGCGCAUCAUCCGAGUGGCCAGGCCUCAGUGGUUGAAAUGUUUAGCCUCAAAGGUGAUGGUAAUGGGGCAGGCCUGGCCACAGUAAAUUUUCUGUCACCCCACAGGAGAGUAUUUCAGCAGAAGAUCAAGUGGGUUUCCAGCUCUCCCUCCUCCUUGAAUUAGGCCUUCGGGCUGCUCUUGCUGAUCAAACGGGGAUCAAAGAAAACAGCACAAAUGCUCCCCACCCUCUUAGAACAUCCAGCAAUGUUCAGGAGAACCUUUGGAUUCCAGAGAUCCCAGCACUUUCCCCAGAGAAGCAGACCUCUCUGAUCCAUGAAGCCAAACCGUCCCUCCUAUUUUCCCCUUGCACCGACCCUUCGCCGUUGAGGGGUGAUGCUUUCUGCCUUUGGAGCAGGAUGUAAAGUUCUGCUGCCAAAGCGGCCUCCAGUCAGGAAGGUGGCCUGAUUGAAGGAUUUCUCCUCUGCUGUUAUGGUCUAGGUUGUUUAAUCCUCUAAGCAACAAUGGGGAUUAGAGACUUCGGGGUACAAUUGCAUCUUGGACUGGCACACCAAAGCCAAAAGUUGGAGAACCAUUGUGUCAGCACCAGGUUACGAGUUGAAGGCAGCCAUUGUGUUUUGGGGAAAGGGCCAGUGGGGAAGCUCAAAUGGGUUCCAGGCUCCAGGAAUCCUGUCUUCCUGACCUACUGCAGUCAUGGAGAAAGGGAACCUCAUGGAUGGGAGCCAGCUUUAUUAUCACUGACUGAUAUCUUGGGAAUCGUUGUUUUGUGCAGCAGUGCAGUGCAAUACAUACAGUUACCAUAAAAUGCAAUAAAGGUAUCAAAAUAAAUAUGUAAUGUAAACAGAGAGCAAACUAGUGCGGUAGUGCACACUGAGUGUGUAUCAAGGCACGACAGCGGCUAUGUUCCAUUAGGAGUUUGAGGAGAUUUAGUACGUCACCAAAGGCACUCGCAGAUGUACUGUGGAGGGCGUUCUGACUGGCUGCAUCACCUUCUGGUAUGCUGGGGGCGUGCACUGCGUAGGAUCGAAAUAAGCUGCAGAGACUUGUAAAUUUAGACAGCUCCAUCAUGGGCACUAGUCUCUGUGGUAUCCAGGACACCUUCAAAGAGCGAUGCCUCAAAAAGGCGGCAUCCAUCAUUAAUGACCCCCAUCGCCCAGGACAUGCCCAGGGAGGAGAUACAGGAGCCUGAAGGCACACACUCAACGAUUCAAUAACAGCUUCUUCCCCUCUGCCAUCCGAAUUCUGAAUGGACAUUGAACCCUGAAUACUACCUCACUACUUUUUAAUUUCCAUUUUUGCACUACAUAUUUAAUUUAAUUAUUUAUCUAUAUAUAUAAUUAAUGUAAUUCCGUUUGCUCUAGUAUUAUGUAUUGCAUUGUACUGCUGUCAAAAAUACAACAACUUUUGCGACAAGUGAUAUUAAAUCUGUUUCUGAUAUCUUCAUGCUCCUGUAUCUCCUCGUUGAAGGUAGUAAUGAGAAGAGGGUAUGUCACAGGUGGUGAGGAUUAUUAAUGAUGGAUACCACUCUCCUCUCCAAUCAUAUUCCUUCUUCUUCAGCCCUUUUCCUCUUCCACCUAUCACCUCCCAGCUUCAUUCUCCCUUCCCUACCUACCCAACUUCCCCCUCACCUUCCAGCUUGUACUCCUUCCCCCAUCUUAUCCUGGCUUCUUCCCCCUUCCUUUCUAGUCCCGAUGAAGGGUUCCAGCCCGAAACAUUAACCUUUUAUUCCCCCCCACAGACUGGCCCUCUGAGUUCCUCCAGCAUUUUGUGUGUGAUUUACAUGUGGAUUUGUUGCAAUCAGAGCAAGUGGCCGAAAACGGCGGUGGAAGCAGGUUCAAGUCCCAGAAUCAAACUGGAUCUCCUGCAGCCCAGGAGAAUGUUCACUCCAUUUAUUUCCUGUGUUGGCUCUUUGGUAAAAAGCCCUGAAAAGAAAAUACUUGUGGGACAGUGCAGAAGAGAGCAGGAGGAGAGACGAGUGGCAGAACUUGCUUUGAGAAAUGAGGGACCAGAAAAUGAAUUCUAAAUAGAAUUGCCAUGGAACAAUCUAGAUCUGGUGUCCGUGUUGGGUUCCUUAAUAAACUGUGGUACAGUGUAGCUGUUUAAUGAAUCUACAAAAAGUCCCAAUAUAAGGUCUCAGCCCGAAACAUCGGCUGUUUACUCAAUUCCAUAGGUGCUGCCUGAUCUGCUGAGCUCCCCCAGCGUUGUGCGUGUGUUUUGCUCUGGAUUCCCACCACCCACAGAAUCUUGUGUUUAAAUCUUCCCCGAGGUUAAGCGUUGCUGGCCUCGUUGCUUGAACUUUUCUGGUUUCUGGGACUGAACUGAGUGGUUCUUGGAGAGAAGAUAUUUCUGCACAGCUUUAAUGGUGAAAGGGGACUAUUUUCUAAGUGGACAGAAAAUUCAAAACUCUGAGGCGCAAAGGAACUUGGGAGUCCUCGUGUAGGAUUCCUUAAAGGUUAAUUUGCAGGCUGAGCCGGUGGCGAGGGAGGGAAAUGCAAUGUUAGCAUUCAUUUCAAGAGGACGAGAAUAUAAAAGCAAGGAUGUAAUGUUGAGGCUUUAUAAAGCACUGGUGAGGCCUCACUUGGAGUAUUGUCAGCAGUUUGGUCCCCUUAUUUUAGAGAGGAUGUGCUGAAACUGGAGAGAGUUCAAAGGAAGUUCACAAAAAUGAUUCCAGGAUUGAAUGGCUUGUCAUAUGAAGAAUGUUUGAUGGCUCUGGGCCUAUAUUCACUGAAAUUCAGAAGGAUGAGAGGUGACCUCAUUGAAACCUAUUGAAUGUGGAAAGGCCUCAAAAGAGCGGAUGUGGAGAGGAUGUCUCCUAUGAUGGGAGAGUCUAGGACUAGAAGACACAGCCUCAGAAUAGAAGGGUGCCUUAAAAUGGAGAUGAUGAGGAAUUUCUUUAGCCAGAGGGUAGUGAAUCUGUGGAAUUGUCACAGGUGACUGUGGAGUCCAAGUCAUAGGCUGUACUUAAGGUAGAGGUUGAUAGAUUCUUGAUUGGUCAGGGCAUGAAGGGAUAUGGGGAGAAGGCAGAAGACUGGGGCUGAGAGAGGAAGUGGAUAAGCCAUGAUGGAAUGGUAGAUCAGACUCGAUGGGCCGAAUGGCCUGCAUGCACACCUUCGUAAAUACAGGUCAGAUUCAAUUAGUAAAUCUUACUGCAGGAAAGGAGUUAAAUGUGUCAUCUGCUGCAGUGAGUGGUGACGGACCACAUUUGGACUUAAACCCAGGUCUAUAAAAGCCAGAAACCAUUCAUUACAUCACUGAAAGAAAUCUAUUAAACAAGGAAGCAAUUUAAAAUAAGGGGGAAACACUCUCUUGACCAAUUGGCCUCCCCCACCUGGUAAUAAUCAACACGAGAUAGAUGACUUAGUGGUUGUGGAAACUGUGAGGUGAUUCACUUUGGAAGGCUGAGUUUGAAGGCAGAGUACAGGGAUUGUCAGCAGUGUGGAGGAGCAGAGGGAUCAUUAGUCGGGGGACUGAGUUCAAGAGCCUCUAGGUAGUGUUUCAGCUCUAUAAAACUCUGGUUAGACCACACUUGGGGAAUCACCUACCACCUUGUACUCUUCCUCCCCUCCCCCCACCUUCUCACUCUGACUUCUCAACAACUUCUCCAGCCCUGAAGAAGGGUCUCAGCCCGAAAUGUCAACUGUUUGUGCUGCCAGGCCUGCUGAAUUCCUCCAGCAUUUUGAGUGUGUUGCCUUGGGGUAUUGUGCUCAGUUCUGCUCGCUUCACCAUAGGCAGGAUGUGGAAGCUUUAGAGCAGGUGCAGAGGAGAGUUACCGGGAUACUGCCUGGAUUAGAGAGCGUGCCUUUUGAGGAGAGGUUGAGCAAACUAGAGCUUUUCUCUUUGGAGCGAAGAAGGAUGAGAGGCGACCUGAUAGAGGUGUACAAGAUGAUAAAAGGCAGAGAUCGAGUGGACAGCCAGAGACUUUUUCCCAGGGCAGAGAUGGCUAAUGUGAGGGAGGAUAAUUUUAAGGUGAUUGAAGGAGAGUUUGGGGGGGAUGUUAGAAGUAGGGUUUUUUUUUACACAGGAAGUGGUGGAUGCGUGGAACAUGCUGCCAGAGAUGGUGGAAGAGGCAGGUGCAUUUGGGGCAUUUAAGACACUCUUAGAUAGGCAUAUGGAUGAAAUGAAAAUGGAGGGUUUAUGGGGGAAGAAAAGGGUUAAAGGGUUGGCAUAGCAUGGUGGACAAAAGGGCAUGAACUGUACUCUACCGUUAUUAAAUCUUUGCUUUUGAUUUACUGAUGUCUUCCAAGCUGGAGACUGAUUAGCCCCCAGUGACUUUCUCCAUAAUCUGGCACAGCUGGUAUUCCCUGCUAAGGUUAACGGUUCACUGUACCUCGCGCUAUCAAACUUUUCUCAUAACAGAAUAUUCUCUCGGAGUCUGACCUCUUCAUUAACUGGGUGAGAGCUGCACGAAAGAAUUGUGUUAAUCUCCAGUAAAAGUGACAGCCCCAUCCUUAGCACAGAGUAUUACUUGGUGGUCACCUGAGCACCGGCCUGUCAAUGCAAAUAUCUAAUCAGCCAAUCAUGUGGCAGGAUGUCAAAGCAUAAAAGCAUGCAGACAUGGUCAAGAGGCUCAUUUGUUGUUCAGACCAAACAUCAGAAUGGGGAAGAAAUGUGAUCUCAGUUUGCUUUGACCAUGUAAUGAUUGUCGGUGCCAGAUCGGGUGGUUUGAGUAUCUCAGAAUCUCCUAGGAUUUUCAUGCACUACAAUUUCUAGCGUUUACAGAGGAUGGUACUAAAACCAAAAGCCAACCAGUGAGUGGCAGUUCUGUGGGAGAAAAAGCCUUGUUAAUGAGAGAGGUCAGAGAAUAGACAACUGGUUCAAGCUGACAGGAAGGUGACAGUAAUUCAAAUUAAAACAUUAAAAAAUUAAAACACAUUAAAACGGUGGUGUGCAGAAGAGUAGCUCUGAAUGCAUAACACAUUGAACCUUGAAGUGAAUGGUCUACAGCAGCUGAAGACCAUGGACAUACACUCAAUGGCCACUUUAUUAGUUACCUCCUGUACACCUUCCUAUAGAAAACACUUCAGAAGGAGUUUGAGAGAAUUCCAAUCACUGUAUAAUAAAAGAAGGAAAAAUAUUAAUAUUUUUUUCCUUUCAAACUGGGACCACUUGUGCCCAAUCAUUGCAAUCUCAGUCAGGUAACACUAAUUAAAUAUGUAAAUUAUGUAAAUGAAGGUAAAUAAUAUGCAAGCACCUGCCCACGCACUGUAAGGACAUACUGAGGAUGCAAAAAAUAACUUCAUGGGAGAUGUAAUAUAAACUGUCUAGGAAUGAUGUUUAAAUUUUUAACUCUGUGUAAAUACCUGUAAAUUAUUAUCUGAAAUUUGCCAGGAUUUCCUGGCUGAUUUAUCCUUAAAUUAUACCGUGAGGCAAAUGGUGGAGCUGUGAUUCGUAGAGGAAAUUAAAACGAUUUGUC